AGAAAGGGGAAGAAAAGAAAGAGAGAAGGGUGAAAUAUGAUACAAUUUUUUUAAUAUUAUGUCAAAAUCUAUCACAUAAUUGGAUUUUUGUCAUAAAAAUAUAUACAUUUUUGCUUGCACCUUUUUAUAAAUUUUGCCCGAUACGCCACAUCUCGCCCCCUCAAAAUUGUUAGCUCAUUACGCCACUGUAAAUAGCCAUUACUUGUCCAUUGUGCAUGUGGAAUUCUGAGAGCAUUCAUUUUAAAUCCAUUCCGAACGUUUACUCUUGUCCAAAACUUUCAAAGAGUAUUCGAAGAGGAAUCAAUCAUUGAAAUUAUCAUGAUUAUUCAUGAUACAUUAUACGUCAAUUAAUAUAAAUCCAUCUAAACACACACAUUCGAGACAGGAUUUGGCUUAUUCCGCUUAUCUCUCCACUCGUCUUUUUACCACUAUCCUUCCAUCUCUUUCGAAUCGUUCUUCUAUAUAUUAUUUUUUAUUUUCCUUCUUGUAUUUAACUUGACUUGAACUAUUUUCUCAUGAUCAACUUCCUUCCAAUGGAUAUUAUUCAUGUUCGUGUAUGUAAAUACGUUUGUACGGAAGGUUCAAUUUGCUCACACAUCAAAAGCCAGCGGGUCAAAGUAUUUUUACACCAGGAUGUGCAACGAAGGGCACCUAAGUGCCGCGCGAUCAGUAUUCACGAAAAAACAUUCGAUUUCGUUAUCAUGAACAUUAACCUUGCUGAAAUCAUGGUCCCUUGACAAACUAUAUGGCCAUUACUGAGUCCAGAAGUCGACGGGUUAAGUCGUUCGUCUAUAACUUAACGCUAUAUUUGCGUUGUCUGUAGGCCAACUUCAAAAAACCUAUACUACCUGUCUUUUUUCAUUUCGCAGCUGGAUAGCCAAUAUUCAUACAAUCGGCCAACUGCUCCUAACUUUCUUGAUAUCCUUGCUCAAAUUAACAAUUUAACACUCCGCUAAACAGCAUCCACGUGCUUAUAUAAGAUGUAGAUCAUCAUGGAUGAAGCUUUAAGGUGACAGCAUUUGGAUUUUACGUCAGUGCAGAGAGCAAAUGGUUACAACAAUUCGUUACAGGAAAAACAAAACCCAGAUGAUUAUUACCAGGAGUAAAUUCAUUUUGCCGAAUAUUGCAAGGAUGGCGUGUUACUUGGAAAUUGUGAUUAUCUUGCUGCUAAUGAGCAUCCGUGCGGAAGGAAAUGGGAAAACUUGCAAUGUGGCUGAAAUUUGGGGAAGAAAAUGUUCUAUUGGAAAUGAUAUCAAAAUCAAUCGUUCUUCUUCAGGAAGUCACGCAUGCCAAGUGUGUGAGUUUUCAAGCAAAGGUACUUGGCCAAGACGACCACUUUCUGUUGGCAUGACGGGGUUCGAAAAAGCAAGGAAGGAUACGACGGUUAGGUUUUUGAGCAAGAAGGGUCAACCUUGUGGUAGACAAGAUGAAGAAAUGGAGCAUCGUGGAGGACACCAACUAGUGUUGGAUAGGCAAGGUCAAGAUAGUAAUGUCAACAAGGCGAACACUUACACCCAUCAUGGUGCGGAUUUGCCGCUCUUGUCGAGUAUAAGGACAGCAUCUGGACACUACAUACUUAAAAACCCUUCAACAUCUGCAGGAUUCUCUCAUGGUCCUAUCCAACGCUCCUUUCUGGGACGCAUCCCAUAUUGCAAUGUGGCGCAUCUGCGUUCUUCGUCGGGGGCUUGUUCAGGCAUGAUGAUCUCACCACGUCACAUCUUGACAGCAGCCCACUGCGUUCACGAUGGGUUUCGCUUUCACACUCGGUUGAAGAAAAUGCGCGUCAGUGUUCCGAGUGGCACCAGCUUUGAAAGUCGACGCGUUUCAAACGCGAAUGUACCACGUCGUUGGCUGACGAAUAAGGGUAGACAGGACGCUGCGGCAGCACGACGCUCCGAUUCCGAACGCGCGGUUUACGAUUUUGCUGUUGUUGAGUUGCAUCAUGAUAUCAAAAGCAUGGCAGGCUGUCCGAGAAAUGGAACAGGUUCUAUGAUAACCAAUUCCGCCGGUGGAUACAAAGAGCCAUUCAGAGUAGUGACGACAGGGUCGAGAAGAAAAAUCGGAUUCGUAAGUUUUCCCGCCAUCGGGGAACUGAUGUGGCAAACAGUCUGCUCAACUUUGGACCAAUCUCGGACGUCCGUUCGAAGCGGACUGCUCGCUACAGACUGUCCAUCCUUAAAAGGAAGCUCGGGAGCUGUGGUCUUCGCGCAGCCUGAAGCUAUGUCCACAUCAGAAGAUCCUAUGUCAUCGUCGUUGCAGGAUCUCAUUGGAUUAGUCUCACAUAAGGUUGAUCUGUGGAAGAAUCGUUCGUACACGGUGAUAACAAUAUUAACUCGGAGUAAGAAACGACUCGUCUGCGCCAUGACUGAUUCCAGCGUCAACAUUUUCUGUUCAAAUGCUUUGCCAAAUAAGCAUCGAUUUAUAUCCUAUUUUCCAAAGAGGACUUCUUGGAAACACGUCAUGAUUGAUCUUCAAAAUACUACUAAUCUCAUAAAUCUCCAGAGACAACCUGAAAUUUAACUAUAAUUACGUUUGUAUUAAGAUCCAAGAGCUUAAGGGUAUCUAAAACUGGAGUCAAUUUGAUUUCUGAAGCCUGGUAGCAUUUCGGGUUUUACUACAGGCAGUCUUCCAUCCAUUCCAGUAAGGAUCCAUGGUUAUCGUAUGUCAACAAGGUUUUACCUAUAAAUUAAUUGUUUUGGAAUAUCAAACAAGGUUGAAAAUAUUAAUCUAAUCAAAAUGCUGAAUUUAUGCCUACGAAUUCAACUUCCGUUAUUUUGCUGUAAGAUUGCACAAUUCGUCACUCGUCUAUGACGUUUCCGUAGUUUUAUGGAUGCCACUUAAAUGUGCAUUUGAAUUUUUAAAAAAAUCUGAAAAUCAUCAGAACAUGUAGAAUGGCCACUUUCCUAAAUGAAAAAGGUGUUGUCUAUGGCCAAAAAUAUGCUGAAAAAAAUAUGAUAUCAGACUUUAGUCUGAAAAUGGCAUCCCUGUAGUCUUGACUCUGAGCUGAUCAAAAAAUUAUUGACCGAAAUUGCGGGAAUUCGUUGUCUUUUAGAAAUCAGUAGGUAUUUAAAUGGAUAAAUGUUUAAUAUUUUACACAAAUAUUGAACAUUCGUAUCAGAUGAUACCAGCAGAUAUUAAAAGAUAUCAAAUAUUUUGCACAAAACUUGAAAAAAUUAAUGACUCCAUUAUUCCCCGAAGGAUUUUCACAAAACCUUCAACAAUGUAUCCAUGGGCGGAAAUCUGUCCCCAAAGGUAGGGGGGACCAGGGGCUGGAAAAUUUGACAGGCAAAAAAAAGAGGUUAGCACCAAAAAUGUAAGGUCAUUUUAACCCCAAAAAGAUGACAAGCAAAUAAAAAGGAAAAAAAAAAAUCACCAAAAAUGUAAGGUCAUUUAGCCGAAAAUACAUGUAUUAUUUCGAUUGUGAAUGUAUUUUUCUCCAUCAUAACAGACCAAAAAUAGUAGGGGGACAUUUGAUAUUGUGUCCCCCCUACUAUUUUUGGUAGGCGGGACACGUCCCCCCUGGGAUUUCCACCCAUGAAUGUAUCUCAAUUAUUGUUCUUUCAUUAAAAUGGAUUUUAUGUCAGGGUGAACUUCCCCUUUAAGGCCAGUGCACAUCUUAAUGUUGUAUGUCCCGAUUCCAGAAGAAAUGGAAUAAUAUUCAGAGAAUGAUCUUACUUAAGAUUCAGAUAAUUAUUAUAAUACUCAUUUCAAAAUUUCUAGUUGCAAGCAUUCCAGUAAUGUUCCAGUAAUGGACAACUGUGAUAAACUUUGUACGAUUGAUUUGACGUCAAUACGAUUCUGCAUUCAAUUCGCGUUAUACCUAUACAAAUGAUUUAACCAUUGAAAUUCAUUCAAGUAAGGAUUCAUAUGAAGAUUAACAACUUUUACUAAUUUUUUCCACGAUUUUAAUCUUCACACGAUUGUUUUUAUAUUCAAUUUCCAAUUCGGGUCGUAUACAAAAACACAAGGUAAAUUGAUAUAUCAAUUCAGUCUUAUAGUUGGUCCAAUCAUCACUUGGUCUAAUAAUAACUUUGUCUAUUGUCAUGUAAUCUCAUGCUCUGAUUUCCACCUCAUGAACUUCAUUGUUACGUACAUUUUAAAUUGAUAACUUGUUUCAUGUGCAGUUCAUCUAAUCAUAAAAGGCUAAGUGGUAUUAGACCAAGUGGAUAUUAGACAAGACAGGUAUAUCUAUAAACUGGAAAUUAGACAGAUUGGCAAAUGAGCUAAAAGGCACUUAGACCGAAUGGCUAGUAGACAAACUGGUAAUAGACCAACUGGGAUAAGACCAAGUGGGAUCCAGAGACCAAACACAAAGUAGAGUGCUUAUAGACCAUGUGGCAAUUAACAGCCUACACCCAUCUGAGCAUUUCAAUGACACAUUUUGCAAAUAAUAUGAAUAAUUGUGCUUUCACAUGACAUCUAUGAAAUCACACUUA